GUAGACAAAAUCGGUUUAGGUAGUUGAUCCCACUAAAACUUACUUUAUAGACAUAUAACGGUAAUAGUUCUAUUUCUGUAGUUUCAAGUGAAGCCAUUUAAGCAUGAAUUUCAACCUCUAAUUAUCAAUCAAUGAAUAUUUUAAGAUAUCAAUAGCAGCCAUUGUUGUCAAUGUACACCAGACACUGAGGGUUGUCUCGUCAACAAAAGCCGAAUCCAUUCAUUGUCUGGGCAUUUAAAAAAAAAGUUCAAUAAAGAUCAACAGAUCCGAAGAAAGAAAAGGCCUUUUCAUAGUCGGAGAACUUAAACAAGAAAGAAAAUAGUUUGAACCCAAAAGUGUCUUGAACUACGACACAGCUCAAACCAGAUCUGACUAGUUUGUGUCAAUGUCGUGAAGGUAGCAAUAGUUGAGACUAAUCUCGUGACAAGAAAUCGGUUUCCACUUGACGGAUAUAAUCAUCUUAUUUGUCUUUAUACAGUGGAGAGUGAUACUUUAUGUUCGACUGCCUCAUUUAAAGUAAAAAAAAAAAAACAUCAUGAAAAGCUAAAUUAACAUAGAAUUAACAAAGGGAAAUUAAGAAAAGACUGUCCACUAGUUUGUAUGGACUUGAAAUGUCACCUCAAGAUGUACAAGCAAGUGUUUUAUUGUAUAGUCUUUCUGGUCAUAGUGACUUUCAUAACACUAUAUUUAAAUUCGCCUUUCAAACACGUGGUCAGCUUCAGAGGUCUCUACCUGAACAGGUCACAAACACAGGUGUGGCCUGCAACGUCCACUGUCACUAUGUCCAGUCCGUCACCUACGUCGACACCCAAAGCGAUCGUUAACACCACUGACGCCUCAACUAAGGAGGCGCCGGUUGUGUACCUGACUACGAAGUUCAAAGGAAGACUUGGCAACCAACUGUUUAUCUACGCCUCGUUGGUGGGCAUAGCUCGUGCUAACAGAAGAGUUCCAUUCGUAAGGAAUGGCGGAGAUUUGAGCAGCCUUUUUAAGAUCACACAUUUGAAAGCAAACAUCGACUCUUGGAAAUGGAGCGGCAAAACAGAAACUGCAUACGCUACAUUUGAGCCAAGCUUCAUGAACCUUCCGCCUACAAAUUGUACCAUUUUCGGAUUUUUCCAGUGUUGGAGGUACUUCCAGCACGCGCAAGACGAAAUCAGGCGGGAGUUUACUUUUACAGAGGCCGUGCAGAAAGAAGUAGACGCUGUGCUCGGGACUUACAGAAGACGGCUCGAUAACCAUGUGAUCGUCGGGGUUCACAUCCGGCGAGGCGACUUCCUCCACCAGCACAACGCUAAGUACGGCUACGGCGUGGCCGACAAGUCCUACUUCGAUAAAGCCUUCAGUAAAAUGAGGUCACUUCUGCCCAAUCAGAACAUUACCUUUUUGGUGGCCAGCGAUGACCUGAAUUGGUGCAAGAACAACCUGAAGGACCCUAGCGUGCAAAUGUUGCCAGAUUCUAGCGCGGGAAAUCAUUUCGCCAUUUUAUCCAGCUGUGAUCACGUGAUACUAGCAGGCGGAACAUUUGGUUGGUGGAUGGCCUGGCUGGCUAACGGGAUUACAAUUUAUUAUGUAAACUUUAUUGCCGAAAACUCAUCUUUACAUAUAGGGUUUAACCCUGGGGACUACUACCCCCCAGGUUGGAUAGGCUUAGAUAACUAAUAGCUUUUUUUUAACGUAAUAAUUAAUUUAUUUUCAGGGAGCGUAUUGUAUCGUGAUCUAAUAAACGGCAGAAGAGCUGUAGGUCGUCCAAUCUUAAGAUACACUGGUACACAUAAGCGAAAGAUUUAGCUCUUCAAGAUAGGCAGCAACGGAAGGAAGAAAAACCAACCAGGAUAGGCCCAAUUGAAGGGCUAGGUUAAAGGAGCAGUCCUGGUUCAAAGAUUGUGAAGACAUUAGCUGCAGAAAAAAAAAAAAAACCAAAACGUUGCAGUGUCUGGUGAUAACGAAUGUGACCUUACGUGACCUUGCGUGUAUAUCAAGUCACAUGCAAAGUUACAAAAAGAAAAUAUCGUCUGUCAAGAUGUAAAUUGCCACAGAUUCAUUUCGAUUCACGAUGCCCCCGUUGCGGGGAAGAAGAAGAGGAAACCGUGCCUCAUAUUCUGUUUGACUGCCCCAGACUUGCUGAUCUCCGCCUCGACAGGUCUGGGAAACCAAAAAUUCUCAUCCUGUAUGGCGACAUUUAUGCACUACGCAAGACAGCAGGGUUUCUGUCCAGGGCUUUUGUAAGAGAGGAUUUGAGCCUCUCAAGUCCUCACUAAGUACAGUGUCAAUAACUUUUAUGAACACGAUAGAUCUCACGUCUCCUUACCGUUCGCCUUCGAGACUGAGCCCUAAUGAAUCUCUUAACUAUUGAAAGCUUGAGACCACAAGUGUAUCUGCCUUUUCCUUUGAACUUAGUAGGUUCAUAGUUGAAACGUGGGUUCAAUGUACAAGACUUAUAGUCUAGGUAGCAACUCUUUCCUGGUUAGCUUAGUUCCUUCUUAAACUUUGAGAAGAACUCUUCAAAUCUGGGAAAUCACAGAGAUGCAACUACGACAGAUAAAAAAUUGCUGAAGGCUAGCACUAGUUGAAAAAAAAGAUAAAAAAUUCUGUGGAGAAUUCGCCUAAAUAAUGUACAUGAGUUUAUAUAAUAAUAAUAAUCUUUAUUGUCCGUAAGGAAAUUUGUCUUACAAUUUGUGCAUUACACCAAACAAAAAACAUUAUAACUAUAAGAAACCAAAGUGUACAUUCACACCAGACUCACUCAUAGUUUACACGUGACAAAGUUUAUACCAGAUUGUUCUUAUUUAAUGAUUUGAUUGCCAGGGGAACAAAAGAGUGUUUGUGUCUGUUUGUCUUUGCUAUCGGUGUCUUGUAUCUCUUUUGUGAUGGUAAAAUCACAAAAUCCUGACACAAAGGGUGAUUCUUUAUUUCGAGGAUCUUGUUAGCUUUUUUAUAGAUGUUAGUCUCAAACAACUGCCCGAAUGGGGUUUGUUUUUUGCCAAUGAUUUUGCCAGCAGCAUUUAGGAUUCUAUUAAGUUUAUUUUUAUUUUUAAUGCUCAGAUUGCCAUACCAGGCAGUGAUAUUGAAACUUAAAAUAUUGCAGAUAUGAGCGUGAUAAAACAUAGCCAAGGCCUUUUCGCUAACAUUAAACGAGGACAGUUUUCUUAGUAGUCGUAAUCUUUGCUGCCCUUUUUUGCUGAUAUAAUCAGUAUUUGCAGUAAAAUUUAGUUUAUUGUCUAGGAUAGUACCAAGGUAUUUAAAGGUUUGCACAAUUUCAAUAGUCUCUCCAGCUACAGAAACAAUAUCAUUUCCCUUCUUGUCCCUACGAAAAUCGAUUAUCAUUUCUUUGGUUUUUUUUACAUUUAAUAAUAAAAAAUUAUCUUUACAGUAUUCCUCAAUGUGUUCUAGUUCUUUGAAAUACUCAUUUACGUCAUAUAAGUUUAAACAAAGUUAAAUUUGAGCAAAGUUGAGUUUAAACACAGUUAAGUAGUUAGGUUUAGAAGCAAGGAUAGCCGCUAAAAUUCUACACAGCUAGAUCAAGGUUUAAGCAACAAAGCUUUAAGAGCUAUGUUUAUACUCAGAUGGGUUUCUACACACCAAGAAAGUUUCAAGCGCUAUGAAUGACACAGGGUUUAGAUAUUGCAAAAGUAACCUUUUGGGAAGCUGGGUACAAAAUUCAUGUUUUUAGAACCGCAUCUUAGUUGUAGAGUCAGUGAAGGCGUCAAGUGAAUGAUUCAAGUGAAUGAGCCAUACCCGUUGGAUGUUUUUAUAAAUAUCUUUUUUGAGGCCCCUCUCUUGUGGAGUCCUCGGGGCUGUAGUAGUUCAUGUCCUCCCUUCAAUUCCGCCCUGGUUAUAAGCAAGCGUUCUUUGUAUAUUAGGCACUAUAGGCAUGUUUAUUUUCAGAUUUAAAAAACACACAAAAAUUAAACUAAGAUUAGUUAUUAAUUUAAAAACAACAACACAGAAUCAUGGCACACAACUCAUCCGCUUCGUUUUUUCUCUCACUGCCUGCCUUACAGAAAACCCACAACACUAGCCUCUAUUAUAAACACUAGUGGAAGAUAAAUAAUAGAAACGAAUUUUUAAAAAUCUCAAAAUAUAUUCAUUUGACCUUUUCUCCUCUCUUCAAAUAAAAUAUAACCAAUGUAUUAUUGAAACAGAUGACCUUUACAUCAUCUGCCCUAUAGAGAGCAAAGUCUGAAAGGGGAACAUACUGCAAUUCCAUCAGAUGAAUUACUUCCCUUGACUGUCAACCUGCAAUUUUUAAGUCAACUAAUCUACGUUUAUUGAAUUGAAUUCUACUAUUUGUUUAAAUCAUGUUUUGAAAUUAUUUGAAACAUUGUAAUCGUGAUUGUUUUAUAGUUGUAUCUUGUGUAUCUGAUCUAUUUAAAUUGAUCACUUUAUUGCAUUCCGGUGUGAAAUUUUUAAAAACAUUCCUUACCGAAAUAUUUAUAUUUUUGAAAUAAUAAUAAUUAUUAUAACUAUUAUUGAUAUUAUUCAUUUCAUUGAAUAGUCAUAUACUAGACAGACACUGGCAUUGACGCUAACACUGGCAAUAGCUUUUUCACUGACAAUGACAUUGGAUUCACUGGCAGUAGCACUGGUGAAAACACUUUUUAGCGGCCCUCGAAAAGGGGAAAAGACGCUAUUAGUUAUGUGGUCUGUCCGUCCGUCCCGUUUAGAUCUCGUAAACUAGAAAAGAUAUUGAAAGUCCGACAUCAUGAUAUUUUAGACCUUCCAAAGUUCUGAUGCAACGGCUACUUUUUUCUUUUCUGAAAGUGAAAAAUCUAAUUUUUUAAAAUCCAGUAUGCAAGCAGUUUAUUCAUAGAAAUACACCGUUCUUACAACUAUUCACUAUUAAUAGUAACAAACAUAGGAGGCUUUUGGUUAAGGGUAGCAAACCGGCACCAUAUUUUAAACACUUUUAUGCUAAGGUUUUAUAUUCUUUGUCAAAAAUAUGUUUUUUUUACAAUUAUAUUGCUAAAUUAAGUAAGUUCUGUCAUACUAAUUACUACAUAUACAAAAAAUAUUUUUUUCUUUUUUUCUUGAGGCUUUGAAUAAGAGAUUGAUCAUUUACAAAACAAUUAGAUCAAUCAGAUAAUCAAUCAGAUAAUCAUUAUGAGACAUCAGUUAGGCCAGGCUCACAUCUAAACUCACAUUCACUUUUACCUAUCCCUUGGCCUGCUGGACCGCUGGGGCACAAUACAAGACCUGUCAACCUUCUUUCUUUAUUCUUCUCUGUCAUUUGUCUUUGAUAGAAUUUCAUACUGAUGUUCUUUCUGAAAAUAUUAAAUUUUUACCUGCCUGGGUGGGCCACUUCGGGGGCCGAUUUUGAGUUUUUGUGUUUCCACAUAGACUGUCGUUGUAACUUUGUGUUUUUUUUUGAAGUUUUGUGAUAAUAUUAUUGUAAUUGAUCUUUUGUAAUGAAACGCAAUUAGUACUAGUCUUUCUCAGAUCAGGACUGUCAUAUACUACCACAAAUGAAAAAAUUAAAAAUGAAUAAAAAAAAAACGUGUGUGAUCUCAACAUUGUCCAUUGUAGCAGUUUAUUUGUAACGAAGUUGAAAGAAAAUUGUUAUAUUUAUUACUGUUAUUUUUUUUUAUACUUUUGUAAAUAAGAAUAUUAAAAUGUUUGCACCAUU